AAUGAAGGGUGGCGAAAGAUGACGCUAUCGAUAUGGCGGCCGCAAUCGGCCUGCUCCGGUACGUGUCAGGCUGCCAGGUAACCUCUGUCCGGGCCCAAGAAGAGAAGCAGCUGUCUUAUUAGUAUUCGUCCUCGCGAGGCAGCGCAGCCGGCCCUCAGGGAGAACAAGCGUUGCGACCAUGGCUUAUCACUCGGGCUACGGAGCCCACGGUUCCAAGCACAGGGCCCGAGCAGCUCCAGAUCCUCCUCCUCUCUUCGAUGACACAAGUGGUGGUUAUUCCAGCCAACCCGGGGGAUACCCAGCCCCAGGAACUGAUGUGGCCUUCAGUGUCAACCAUUUGCUUAGCGACCCAAUGGCCAAUGCAGCUAUGGCCUAUGGCAGCUCCAUUGCAUCCCAUGGAAAGGACAUGGUGAACAAGGAGCUGCACCGUUUUGUGUCUGUGAACAAACUCAAGUACUUUUUCGCUGUGGACACAGCCUAUGUGGCCAAGAAGCUAGUGCUCCUGGUCUUCCCCUACACACACCAGAACUGGGAAGUACAGUACAGUCGAGACGUGCCUCUGCCCCCACGGCAAGACCUCAACGCCCCUGACCUCUAUAUCCCCACGAUGGCCUUCAUCACCUAUGUGCUACUGGCUGGGAUGGCACUGGGCAUUCAGAAAAGGUUCUCCCCAGAGGUGCUCGGCCUAUGUGCGAGCACAGCACUGGUUUGGAUGGUGAUAGAGGUGCUGGCCCUGCUCCUAGGCCUCUACCUGGCUACAGUGCGCAGUGAGCUAAGCACCUUCCACCUGCUGGCCUAUAGCGGCUACAAAUACGUGGGGAUGAUCCUCAGCGUGCUCACCGGGAUGCUGUUCGGCAGUGAUGGCUACUAUGUGGCCCUGGCCUGGACCUCUUCUGCGCUUAUGUACUUCAUUGUGCGUUCUUUUCGGACAGCAACCUUGAGCCCUGACAGCAUUGGUGGUCCUGGCUCCCAACAGCGGGUCCAGCUCUACCUGACUCUGGGAGCUGCAGUCUUUCAGCCCCUCAUCAUAUACUGGCUGACCUUCCACCUGGUCCGGUGACACCCUGGCCCCGAAUGGCACUGCUUUUUCAUACAUUGAAGUUUUGAUUUCUUUCA